AUGUCCGUCGAAAUUGAUCCCCAGGAGCUUGGUUUUGUUCGAGGAGAGGAGGGCGUUCCUAAUCUGUUUACAGGCCCCUUCACCACCGAGGUGUCGCAAAACCUCAAGAUCAGAAACCCUAAUUCCACCCCUGUUGCUUUCAAGGUCAAGACUACCGCGCCUAAACAAUACUGUGUCCGCCCCAACUCCGGCCGAAUCGAGCCAGGAAAGGAGGUCGAGGUCUCUGUCCUUCUCCAGGCAAUGAAACAGGAGCCCCCUUUGGAUGCGAAAUGCAGAGACAAAUUCUUAGUCCAGUCCGUAGCAGUGACUGCUGAUAAGGAGUUCACAAACACCGGCUCAAUCCAUGUUGACGACGCCGACAAGGCAUCUGUCCAAGAGAAGAAGAUCCGAGUCGUGUACCUACAACCACAUGGCCUAGCCGCAACUUCAACACCUCUCCGACAAAGCAUAAGCGGCCCGAACGGCGCGGACACCCCCGACACCGCACCCCCCGCCUAUAGUAACCAACGCAGUCCCUCCCCCGAACAAACAUUCACCCCCGAAACGACCUCCCGCCGCAGUCUCGCGCCAUCGAUCAAGCUCGAAGAAUCGCCCGCCCCAGCAGCCACCUACGAUGAGAUCAAAGCCAAGCUGGCCGAAGCACAAGCUACAAUCGCAUCAUACACGCAGGAAGGCGGUGUGCGACUGAGAAAGGUAGCCAACGGUGAGACGAGCAAUGAGACGGUUAAUGAGCUGGCGCACAAGAUGCAGGCCAGUGCGAGUCAAGGAGUGCCCUUACAGAUUGUGGCUGCGCUGUGUCUGCUGAGCUUUCUUCUGGCUUAUGUUUUCUUUUGA